AGAACCCGGCAAUGGGGGACACUCCGGCGGAAGAUGCGUCGCUGCACCGGCUGGAAGGCCUGGCGCCGGAGACGCAGGUCGGCGGCCUCCUGAUAAAGAAGAAAAGCGCCGCCGAGGAGCAGCACGUCUUCAAGAUCCCGGCGCCCCGCACCUCCCUGCUGGGUCUGGACCUCCUGGCCGCCCAGAAGCGCCGCGAACGGGAGGAGAAGGACAACGGCGCAGAGGACCGGAAGAGGUCCCGGGUCUCCUCCUAUAAGGACUGGGCUGAGGGCAAGGACGAGGGUGCUGCCGGCGAGGAAGAGGACGGCGACCCAGCCGGCCGCAGCAGCCGCAAGGACAGGCAUUAUCGCUCAGCCCGUGUGGAGACACCAUCUCACACUGGAGGAGUCAGUGAGGAGUUUUGGGAGCGCAGCCGGCAGCGGGAAAGGGAACGUCGUGAGCAUGGGGUUUAUGCCUCCUCCAAGGAGGAAAAAGAGCGCAAGAGGGACCAUGGCCGGGAGCGGGAACAUGAUCGCAAACGGGACCGAGAUGAGCGGGACCGAAGUCGACGCAGCAGCAGCAGCCGCUCAGAGAGAGACGCCUCCUCAGAGAGGAGCAGCAGUAGUCGGAAGAAUGAACCAGAGAGUCCUCGCCACCGACCCAAAGAUGCAGCUACACCUUCCCGCUCCAGCUGGGAGGAAGAGGACAGUGGCUACAACAGUGCACGCCGCUCCCAGUGGGAGUCUCCCUCCCCCACGCCCUCCUACAGGGACUCGGAGAGAAGUCACCGGGGAUCUGCCUCCCGAGAUAGCGAACGGCGUGAUCGUGACCGGUCUGUCAGGAGCAAGUACCCAGAGGACACCCCGUUGCCAACACCUUCAUACAAAUACAACGACUGGGCUGACCAUCAAAGACACUCUGGUGCAACACCUUGGCUCUCCAGAGGCCGAGGAAGGCGUGAAGAUGGUGAGGAUGGCAUUGCUUUUGAAACUGAGGAGGAGCGACAGCAGUGGGAAGAUGACCAGCGGCAAGCUGACAGGGACUGGUACAUGAUGGAUGAGGGCUACGACGAGUUCCACAAUCCCCUGGCUUCUUCAUCAGAGGAGUACGUGAAGAAGCGGGAACAGCACCUACAGAAGCAAAAGCAGAAGCGCAUCUCAGCUCAGCGUAGGCAGAUAAAUGAGGAUAAUGAGCGCUGGGAGACCAACCGCAUGCUGACGAGCGGUGUGGUGCACCGACUGGAGGUGGACGAGGACUUUGAGGAGGAUAACGCUGCAAAGGUUCAUCUUCUGGUUCACAACCUGGUGCCUCCCUUCCUGGAUGGGCGCAUUGUCUUCACGAAGCAGCCUGAGCCCGUCAUCCCCGUCAAGGAUGCUACUUCCGACCUGGCGAUCAUCGCCCGCAAAGGCAGCCAGUUGGUGCGCAAGCACCGCGAACAGAAGGAGCGCAAAAAGGCCCAACACAAGCAUUGGGAGUUGGCAGGCACCAAACUGGGGAACAUCAUGGGCAUCAAGAAGGAGGAAGAGGAAGAGGGUUCUAACCAAAAAUUGGCAGAGGAUGGCACUGUGGAUUACAGGACAGAACAGAAAUUUGCUGAUCACAUGAAGGAGAAGAGUGAAGCGAGCAGUGAGUUUGCCAAGAAGAAGUCGAUUGUGGAGCAGAGGCAGUAUCUGCCCAUCUUUGCUGUGCAGCAGGAACUGCUGACAGUCAUUAGGGACAACAGCAUUGUGAUUGUGGUGGGGGAGACAGGCAGCGGGAAAACCACGCAAUUGACACAGUACCUGCAUGAAGACAGCUAUACAGACUAUGGCUUGAUUGGCUGCACGCAGCCCCGCCGGGUGGCAGCGAUGUCAGUGGCUAAGCGUGUCAGUGAGGAGAUGAGUGUGAGCCUUGGUGAGGAGGUGGGCUAUGCCAUCCGCUUUGAGGAUUGCACUUCAGAGAACACUGUGAUCAAGUACAUGACGGAUGGGAUCCUGCUGCGUGAGUCUUUGCGCGAAGCCGACCUCGACCAUUAUAGUGCUAUUAUUAUGGAUGAAGCGCAUGAACGCUCUCUCAACACAGAUGUGCUCUUUGGCCUCCUGCGUGAGGUUGUGGCCCGACGCUCAGACCUGAAGCUGAUUGUUACUUCAGCCACCAUGGAUGCAGAGAAGUUUGCUGCUUUCUUUGGGAAUGUGCCCAUUUUCCACAUUCCAGGUCGCACAUUUCCUGUUGAUGUCCUCUUUAGUAAGACCCCGCAAGAAGACUAUGUGGAAGCAGCCGUGAAACAGGCCUUGCAAGUCCACCUCUCAAGUGCCCCAGGGGAUAUUCUGAUCUUCAUGCCAGGCCAGGAGGACAUUGAGGUCACGUCGGAACAGAUUGUGGAGCACCUGGAGGAGCUGGAGAAUGCACCUGCCCUGGCUGUCCUGCCCAUCUACUCCCAACUGCCAUCUGAUCUGCAGGCCAAGAUUUUCCAGAAGGCACCUGAUGGCGUUCGGAAGUGCAUUGUGGCCACCAACAUUGCAGAGACCUCGCUGACGGUGGACGGGAUCAUGUUUGUGAUUGACUCUGGCUACUGCAAGCUGAAGGUCUUCAACCCACGAAUUGGCAUGGAUGCAUUGCAGAUCUACCCAAUCAGCCAGGCCAAUGCAAACCAGCGCUCGGGCCGAGCUGGAAGGACGGGCCCAGGUCAGUGUUUCAGGCUGUACACCCAAAGUGCAUACAAGAAUGAACUGCUGACAACCACAGUCCCAGAGAUUCAGCGCACCAACUUGGCCAAUGUAGUGCUGCUCCUCAAGUCCUUGGGUGUGCAGGACCUGCUGCAGUUCCACUUCAUGGACCCCCCUCCUGAAGACAAUAUGCUAAACUCCAUGUACCAGUUGUGGAUCCUUGGGGCACUAGACAACACAGGUGGGUUGACAUCCACGGGGCGCCUGAUGGUCGAGUUCCCCCUUGAUCCGGCUCUCUCCAAGAUGCUGAUCGUUUCCUGUGACAUGGGCUGCAGCUCGGAGAUCCUGCUGAUUGUCUCCAUGCUCUCUGUUCCAGCCAUUUUCUACCGGCCCAAGGGCCGGGAGGAAGAGAGUGACCAGGUGCGGGAGAAGUUUGCUGUUCCUGAGAGUGAUCACUUGACUUACCUGAACGUUUACCUGCAAUGGAAGAACAACAGCUACUCCACACUUUGGUGCAACGAGCACUUUAUCCAUGCCAAGGCCAUGCGCAAGGUGCGAGAGGUGCGAGCACAGCUGAAGGACAUUAUGGUGCAGCAGCGCAUGAGCCUGGCAUCCUGUGGCACUGACUGGGAUAUUGUUCGCAAGUGCAUCUGUGCUGCCUACUUUCACCAGGCUGCCAAACUGAAGGGGAUUGGAGAGUAUGUCAAUGUCCGCACUGGGAUGCCCUGCCACCUGCACCCAACCAGCUCGCUCUUUGGCAUGGGCUACACACCUGAUUACAUCGUCUACCAUGAGCUUGUGAUGACCACUAAGGAGUACAUGCAGUGUGUCACAGCAGUGGAUGGUGAAUGGCUGGCUGAAUUGGGACCCAUGUUCUACAGCAUCAAACAUGCUGGCAAGUCUCGCCAGGAGAGCCGCCGAAGGGCCAAAGAGGAAGCUUCAGCCAUGGAGGAGGAGAUGGCUCUGGCCGAAGAGCAGCUGCGUGCACGCCGAGAGGAGCAAGAGCGCCGCAACCCAGUGGGCAGCGUCAGGUCCACCAAGAUCUACACGCCGGGACGCAAGGAGCAAGGCCAGCCUGCCACCCCACGCCACACACCAGCUCGCUUUGGUCUGUAACCCCUGCCCACCCAGCUCUGUACAGAAGACCCUGCUGUGCUUAGUUGGGCAGAGCCCACCUUGGAUGGACAUGGAAAAAAUAAUUUUAUUGUUUAUAUAAAUGUUGCUGCUUCCUGACCUGA